CCGGAUCCACCAUGCAGCUGUUAGCACUACUUCUCGUCGUUUCUCUUUCCGGUGUGGUGUACACGGACGUCGUCACCGUGCAGCAGUGUGCUGAUGAACCUCUGCCGACGACAGUAGACGUGGCCGGAUGCCAGACAACACCGUGCGAGCUACCAAAGGGCCAGGACGUGGCCGUGUUAGUCGACUUCACCGCAGUUCGGCAACUGAGCGCACUCGUACCGAAAGUACAAGCCAGUUUCGGAGGGCUAACGGUGCCGUACGUACUUCCAGUCGACCGACAGGACGCGUGCCAGUGGCUCGUUGGUGGCGUGUGUCCCGUAUCUCCAACCGAGGAUGUCACGUACGAGCUACGCCUACCAGUGCUGGCCAGCUAUCCUUCGUUGAGCUUAACGGUGGAGCUGAAGCUGCUUGAUCAGGACGACGCGACCGUCCUCUGCUUCCGAGUGCCAGCGACGGUUGUUUAACUCUCAUGAC